ACUUCCGGUAUUACAACAAGUUGAUGAAGUUGUGUGCUUUAUUGUGAAAGCAUGUUUAGAUACCAAAAUUGACGUACAAUACAUAUUUACUUAUAUACAAGACUAUUUUAAGUAAUACACAAUGCCAGCUUCAUCAGGAUGUGAAAAAGAUGAUGAUGUGGCAGACAUAGAGGAUAUGAUCUCCAAAGAAACAUCAUCAGAGGACAUCAGACACAAACCUCGCAAACUGGUCACAGCCAGGGCUAAGAAACUUGGCUCCCAAGUCAGAGAACAAGUUCAAGGAGAUAGCCACAUUCCAGGUACACAGAAAAUAUAUGUGAAAACCUGGGGAUGUUCCCACAAUAACUCAGACAGUGAAUACAUGGCCGGCCAGCUGGCUUCCUACGGCUACCAAAUAGUUGAUAACAAGGAGUCUGCAGAUCUCUGGCUGCUCAACAGCUGUACAGUGAAGAACCCAGCUGAGGAUCACUUCAGGAAUGAGAUAACCAAGGCCCGCGAACUUGACAAAAAGAUGGUGGUGGCGGGAUGUGUACCCCAGGGACAACCUAGAGCAGCUUUCUUGAAGGGAUUAAGCGUGAUAGGUGUUCAACAAAUAGAUAGAGUAACAGAGGUUGUAGAAGAAACACUAAAAGGUAACUCUGUCAGACUGUAUGGACAGAAGAAGGAGGCAGGGAAGAAAACAGGGGGCGCACCACUCAGUCUACCAAAGAUCAGGAAGAACCCUCUGAUUGAGAUCAUUGCCAUUAAUACAGGAUGCCUUAACCAGUGUACAUACUGUAAGACGAAGCACGCCCGAGGAGAACUGGGGAGUUACAGACCACAGGAGAUUGUAGCCAGGGCAAAACAAUCAUUUGAAGAGGGUGUGGUAGAAAUAUGGCUGACAUCAGAAGACCUUGGGGCAUAUGGACGCGACAUUGGUGUUACCUUGCCAGAGUUACUAUGGCAACUAGUAGAGGUCAUACCUGAAGGUGCCAGAAUGAGGCUGGGAAUGACUAACCCACCAUACAUAUUGGAGCAUCUCGAGGAGAUUGCCAAGGUGUUGAGUCACCCACGUGUGUAUGCUUUCCUCCAUGUGCCAGUCCAGUCUGCCUCGGACAGUGUCCUCAUGGAUAUGAAACGGGAGUAUUGUCAGGACGACUUCAGACAGGUGGCAGAUUUUCUCAAAGCCAAAGUUCCUGGUGUUACCAUAGCAACUGAUCUGAUCUGCGGAUUCCCGACAGAGACAGAAGAAGAUUUUAAAGAAACCAUGAAGCUAGUGGAAGACUACAAAUUUCCAAGUCUAUUUAUUAACCAGUUCUUCCCACGACCUGGGACACCAGCAGCUAAGAUGCCAAGAAUCCCUCCUCCACAGGUAAAGAAGAGGACAAAGGCAGUGUCAGAGUUGUUUCACUCGUAUAGGACAUAUGACCAUAAGAUGGGAGAAAUCCAGGAUGUGCUGGUGACAGAAAUCUCACACGACAAACAGUAUUAUGUUGGUCACAAUAAAUUUUACGAUCAGGUGUUAGUUCCCCAGGAUGAGGAUUUUAUGGGCAAAUUGGUUCGUGUGGAAAUCGUAGAUACAGGGAAACACUUUCUGAAAGGAAGACUGGUAUCUAAAGAGAAGAUAACUCAGCCAUCUGUUCCUCCCCCACUGAAGAAGGGACAGGUUUCUGGCGUCAGUAAUACAGUGCAGGUUAAUGAAGGUUCUGACUUUGUGAAACAGACAUUGAAGUUCCUGUCCUUGGCCUGUUUACUGUUGGCCAUUGUGUGGAGACUACAGAAUAUAAUCCUCGGUGCUACAUGACCAAAAUAUUCUAUUUAGAAUACCAACUAAUUCAGUGUUCUGUAGGAAGUGAUCAGUUCUCUCUGCUGUGUUUCCCCUCGAUAAAAGGUUAUGUGGUGAACUUGACAACGCGAGUCGGGAAAAGACUUGGAGGAUUUGUGAUAUUCAUGUGGGUAUCUGUUCAGGUCUUUAAGCAGCUCAGCUAGUGUCUACAGGAAAAAUGUUUCAUAAACUCACAAACAUUAAAGAAUGAAGUACAAAUUUAUGACCUAUGCAAAAGGAAAGCUACGGUGAUGUCGUUUCGAGAGUUAAAAAGCAAGUCACAUACUUAACAGACCAUUGUUGACAAAAGCAUCCUACGCUAUAGCUUCUAUGUUGUAAAGCUCAAGAAUAAAUUGACUUUGUCAAGAAG